AUGUGUUAUGCCACAGCCGCCCUGGGGCAGACUGAGCCAUGUCCUGUGGGAGGGCUUGUGGAAGUGAGGCCCAACUUCAUCACGGAGCAGGAGGAAGCUGCUCUGGUGAAGGAGCUGGAGCCAGGGCUGAAGAGGAAACGCUACGAGUUUGACCACUGGGACAAUGCGAUCCACGGCUACAGGGAGACGGAGCGGGUGUCGUGGGGGGCAGAGUGUGCGGAGGUCCUCAGCAGGGUCCGCUCUGCAGCCUUCCCUCAGGGCAGUCCACUCCUGGGGCCAGUCCACAUCCUGGAUCUGGACCAGAAGGGAUACAUAAAGCCCCACAUAGACAGUGUCAAGUUCUGUGGCAGCACCAUCGCGGGUCUGAGCCUGCUCUCUGCCAGUGUCAUGCGUUUGGUGAAGGAGGAUUCCCCAAAAGAACAGCUGGACCUUCUACUUCCACGAUUCUCUCUGUACAUUAUGAGAGAUGACGUGAGGUACAAGUUCACCCACGAGAUCCUGAAGGACGAGGAGUCUGUGUUUAACGGACAGAGGGUGCCACGGCAACGAAGGAUCUCGGUUAUAUGUCGCAACCUGCCGAGCUGA